AGUGUCAUUUUUGGAGCACAACACUUGGUUUCUCGAGUCAAACGUGUUCGACUGUCAUGUCUCCGGGUCACUGAUACAGGUGAGCUGCGAUUCCUCGUCUUCAGGGAGCAGAGACUGCAGGCCACGAGUUCGUGUUCCGUCAGAUGAGGCCCACAGUUCGCUCUUUUUCACGCGUGUUCCGCGAACCCUCGUCUGCGGUCCCAAGCUAACUUGCUCAGCUAGCUUGCUUCACCAACACGGCUGCGCGUGAACACGGUCGUUCAGUCGCUCGUCGGGUUUCGACGUCUGUGUUCGAGCUGCGAGAGUGACAGCAGAAGCGGCUGGAAACUUGUCUCUCCGCUCCGUCUGAAUGGCACAUGAAGAUCCUGGAUGUUAGCUGCAGAACUCCGGGUCAUUGCUGAGUGCCACACCUGACACGAGUAUGUCUGUGGAGGUGGACCAGUUGCUGCAGGAGGCGAAGGAGAGCAUCGAGGCUGCGCAGAACUACCGCAGCGAGCUUCAGCAGAGGCUUCAUGGACUCAACCAGGCUCGCAAACAGAUCCGCGGCAGCUCGGGUCAAGCCCGCGAUGCCCUCCGCAGACACUUUGCCGAAGUGCAGACGGUGGCCGCGCGGCUGCUGACGGAGCGUCUGGACGUGCUGCUGUCCGAGGUGGACGCGGUGGAGGCGGAGAGCAUCAAGCCUCUGGACGAGUGUCAGAGCCUGAUCGAGCAUGGAGUGAGCCAGGCCGACGAGCUGCUGCGGGAAGGAGAGGCGGCGCUGCGCUGUGGACUCGGGGAGAAAGAGGACCAACUGGGCCGGUUCACUAAGAAGGCUCUGCACAUUCACCUGGACAGUCUCCCUGAGGUCCCGGCUCUGGUGGACGUGGCGAGUGUGUCCGCACAGCUGGACGACUCGGUGCUGGUUCUGCUGCGGGAGCGGGUCCCCCGACACGGCUCUGUAUCUUCAUACCCGCCCGUGCAGAUAGAGGAGCUGCAGGAGAGACCGGGCGCCGUGCUGGUGCGCUGGUGCAAGGUGGACGACGACUUCGCAGCAGCUGAAUAUCGGGUGCAGCACCGACUAUCCACCAGUGGAGGGAGCCAGUACGAAGAAGCUUACGUUGGCCGGGACUCCGAGUUUCUGGUCCUGAACCUGGACCCUCACAAAGACUACCUGUUCAGGGUCUGCGCUCGGGCGGAGGGUCGCACUGAGUGGAGUCCCUGGAGUAUCCCACAGGUCGGGUUCACCACCCUGGAGCCUCAUGUGUGGUCCCCUGGGUCUGACGGCUUCGUCCUGAGCAGCAGGAGGAACAUCGCUCUGAGAAAUGACUCAGUGUCUCAGACUCGCUGUCCAGUCAUCUACUCACACACUCCGACCCACUACUGUGGCCAGACCCUCACCUUUAAGAUCUUGGCGGCAGGACAGCCAGACGGCAGCGAUGGUCUUGGCGUCAGCUUGGACAAUGAUCGAGGGGCGGGGUCUCUGCAGCGAGACCAGGCUGUGUGCAUCUCCACUAACGGCGCCGUCUUUGUCAACGGUAAGGAAAUGACCAACCAGCUUCCCUCCAUCUCCGUCGGCUCUUGCGUGACCUUCGACAUGGAGCCGGUCCACUUGCUGCCUAACAACAACAACAACCUGAACGACGGCUUCAAGCUGCGCGUCACAAUCGGAUCGGGGAACCGCGAGGUGGUCUUCGACUGGCACCUGGAGUCGGCCGGGGACCGCCUCUUCUUCGGGUGCUGCUUCGUCCACACGGGCUGGAAAGUUCUGGUCUUCUAGCAGGGUUUCCUCCUGCAGUGUGGAAGAAGGUUAGCGGCUGCCUUUGUUGGGAGCGGUCUGCUCCGGGUACUCCAUCUGAUACGGCCGUGGUCACAUUAGUCAAGACGCCUCUCCUCCCAUGUCCGAGCGGUUGGUGUCAUCACUUCCUGUUUAUGAACCACGGGCGCAUGCUCGCUCUCGCCGCCGUGCAGGAACCCACGUGUGCAGGGAACGUCCUGGUGCCCUGACUCUCGCGUGCUUACGUGUGUUGCGUCCACUCUCUGAACUGUUUAUAACUCAGUGUUAGCAUUUAUGUCGCCAAACCUUCUUUUUUAGCAAUUUUGAAAUUCCGGAGCUUAAUCCACGCAUCACGUCAGCGUGACCAUGUUGCACAGUGUUGCGCCCGGUUCUCAGUGUGGGUCUCGAGGGUCAGCUGCAGGCGUUUCUGACUCCAGAUGAGCUUGCAUUGAAAAGCUGUUACAGGGGUUGGCACGGCUCACGUGACCAGCAGCUCCUAGUUACCGCUUCUCUACGGCAAAUCUUGGAACAUUUCCCACGGAAAACAAACGUCCAAGGACCGUUGGACAAUCAUGUGUUUUACCAGUAGACGGCGUCACUCAAACCAGUUAUCGACGUGUGCGAGUCCAGAUGAAAAGUGAGGUCGGAAGGUACAAGUUCAUGUUGGUGAGCAAAACAAACCUCAUUAAAGCUGUGACGGGGAAACUGCGAGCCCUGCUGGAGGAGUCUUUGGUUCUAUUUGUACUCGGGUUUUUUUUUUGUUUUUAAAUAAAACGCAAUGAACCUCCAUGAGGCUGAGUCUCGUUGGAGCCACUAGAGGGCGAUGUUCAGAGAGUCUUAGAAGAGGGGUAAGGGACUGAGAUUUCCUGAAGACUUUAUUUAAAUACAAAAAUACAGAAGACAAGAAACACAAGCAGAAAAAUAGAUCAUCUCUGAUUUGGUCUCAAAAUGUUCACCUGCAAAAAUAUACACGCUGAACCACUGUUACUGCUGGCUGCACUUCGAGUGAAGGAGAAAAAGGAACUACAGACUUUCUUUGUCGUUUAGACUGCGGCUUCCAGAAACUGAGGCUUGGGGACGUGUUCUAAACCUAAAAAAUAACGGAGCCGGUGAAUCAUCUGAAACAACGUUGGGUCGACCCGCUUUUGAAGCACGGAUGAAGAAGCUCUCGGCAGUUUGACAAGUCAUUCACUGAUCCUGGAACAGCUUACUUGCUGCGUGAGUGGGUUCUGUUGUCAUCAGUUGCAAUCGGAACCAGGUGAGUCCAUAUGGUUGUGUGAUCCGGACAGUUUGUCCUCCAUCCGAUCGGAAUCAGGAUCUGGCUGUGACUCCACCGCCGUCUCCCAGUCCUCCUCCUCCUCCUCCUCCUCCGCCCUGCAGUGGCUCAAUUGGACCGCCUGGUUCUGGAGCAGCCGGAGCCGGGCCAUGGCUCUGUCGAUGGUCAGGGUGCUGACCAGAUUGUAGUCGUGCAUGCUGACCAGGUGCAGCAGGAGGUUGCGACACAGGUUGUGUCGGACCAGGUGGUCGCCGUGGCGAUCCACGAAAAGCAGACACGCCUUGUUCAUCUGGUUCUCGCCGACGAAGCUGCGGAAACGGGUCGGUGAGUGUAGCACCAGGACAUGAGCUUCAUCUUAAAUGGCAGCAAUGACCAACCCGUGCUUCAUGACGUGAAGGUUCCACAGCUUCAUGAUCUCCUUCUCGCCCUCAUUCACGUCCGUGAACUCGUCGAUUUGCUGCCGGAACAUGUUGUGGUUCUGACUCGGGUUGACUCUGGGGUUGAUCGGUUUUGACUCACAAACCUUGACGGUCUUCUCUUUCAGCCACUCGGGGUCUCGCUCGUCCUCGCUGUCCACCUCCAGCUCCUGCUGGCGCAGCGGCGUGCACGAGUCGCUGUGGAAGUAGAGGCGGGCGUGCCCGCUGACUAGCGCCCUCUGCUGCCCCCCGUCACACCGCUCUGGCUCCAAAAACUCCGACAGACUGGGCUUUGAGCGCUUGGGUCUGAGAGGACAAGCAGGAGCAAGUCAGGAGGACCGAUGAGGGCUCUGUUAGCCGAGACUGAACGCCACCUGCAGACCAGGACGCUGCUAACCGCCGCCCUCUUGACCGGCCCGUUCCGGCUGAAGGCAAAGCCUGGCUGGCAGUGGACGUCCUGAGGGUUUCCUGCGUACGAGCCGUCGUAGAAAUCGUUGAUGGACACCUCGAUCUUUGCUCCUCUUGGGUGAGGCUGCAGGAGAGAGCUGGAACUUAGCCCACCACAACACUGCAGCGUCCACCAGCUCGACUCCUGCACAAUAGUCCACCCCGACAACCUUCACCGCUCUUCCAAACUGGUGUCCUGAUGCUCCAUGCAGCCCGCCCCGCCUUAUAACCCACUCCUUCCACCACCAAAACCCAAAGGUCAGAGAAAGUCAUCCACCCCAACACCUCCAGUAGUUUGUGUCCUACCCUUCCUCCCAAAAUCGUCGUCCAACACCCCACUCGGAAUCAGCCGCCCCAACUCUUCUGACCCAAAUACAAUCUGCCUCUAGUCCAACCAGAGUCUUUCUCAGCCCACAACGCAGACCAAGCCACCCCCCUGCACCAGUGGGUGUCUCACCACGUAGUUGAAGAGGAAGCGCGAGUGCAAGAGUUUGAGGUGCUUGAUGAGGCUGUAGAGCUUCCUGCAGUUGAUGGUGCACCAGGGGCAGUGCAGGUCGUCCCUGGCCUCCGUCUGCUGCCGCGUGUUGUUGUUGUACUGAAACUGGACCCAGAGGAGGGUCAGACUGGGCGCUCACCCCCGGGAGGUCUUCAAACAGGUCACCUGGUAGAAGAUCCUCAGCUUCUGCCGAGGCUCCGCGGACACCUGCUCUGGUCGCAUCGGAGCGCUGCAGUGGACCGACUCCUUCCAGGCUUCAACACAAGAGGUCGACGUGUGGCGUUCUUCCAUGUGAAGUCUGGGCCAGAGGCGGUGUGACUCACCCAGGGAGGUGUGUGCGGCUCUCGGGCUGCUUCCUCGGCUCUCCUGGGGGGAGUCAGAGUUCCGGGUGGACAGAGGUCUGGUCAGUGGAGGAGAGCAAGCUUCAGGGGAGUUGCUGGUCCAGCGGAGGCUGAACUGCAGAGUGGGACUCUGACAGAAGUUCUGUAGAGGCGGGAGGUUCUGUUGGGACCAGGAGGAGAGUCAGGCUGUGUGGGUCCUAGUGACGGCCGGCAUGUGGCCCACCUGCUCGUCCUGCACCGUCUCCCAGCUGACCCGCUUGUGGUUGGCCGCACCCCCCUGAACCUCCUGCAUGGAGACUUCAUACUCUCCGUCCAACAGCUGCAGAUGCCUGAGCGACAAGAAGAGGACGUCCUGAUUGCAGUUUGUGGAUGCAGGUGCUUCAGCUCGUGUGUGUGUGUGCGUUCACCUGUUCUUGUCAAAAACUGUCAUCUGAGCGACAAACAUGGUUUCCUCCCAGGGUAACGGGGCCCGCCCCUUCCUGAGCACGCUGUCCUCUGGAAAACACGCCAAGCAUCAGAAAGAGAAGACGCAACGCGUGCUCACAGCUGCCGGUGACUCACCUCGGCGCUGGUGCUGGUGAGACUCUCCGUGGGCGAGUCCCUGGUCCUGAGCAGGUCGCGAGGCUCGGAAGAGCAGGGAAUACGACCGGACCGUGUGAGAGUUGCUGGACUCAAACUCGCUGCUGGGAAUCAUCAGAGACGUGGAGGAUCCGGGUCGGAGCGGUGGACCAGGGGUGGCGUCCGGGUUGAGGGGAACCUGCUUGGUACCAGCUGGAACCUCCUUGAUGGGAGAGCUGACGUCCUGAGAGAAUCAAGGAGGACGAUCGGGUGUCAGUCCUGAGAGAAGGUGCAGGAGGAACCUGACCCACCUUCCUCUUCUUGUGACAGACUUUCAGCAGCAGAACCUCCAGAGAAACACAGGUCUGGUCGUUCUCACUGUCCUGAGACAGCGUUCCUGGCGACACAGCGGCGGACAGGUUUCACCGAGCUCGCGACCUGGCGAAGGCCAUCUUGCUCACCUGACUUGUGGAAGAAGCCGGUGAAGUUGAGCUGCAGGUUUGUCGUCAAGCUGAAAAGGAACGCGGCCAGUUAAGUGUCAACCACUUCCGCUUGGAAAAAAUGUGGGUCAUCGGCACCUCUUGGAGUCUCUUCCUCCACAUCUCCUCUCCACCACCGGCAGCAGGUGAUCCACCUUUGAUGAUCUCCUGGACAGUGAGGAUGUGGAUGUGUUGAAGUCAGAACUAGGCUUGCUAGCGGGGAACCUUCCCACCAACCUGCCGGCGUUGGUCCUGGAGUUUCUGUGCGACAUGUAGCUGAGGGUUCUGUGCAGGAAGAUGGGCUGUGGAAGAGCAGAGAAGUCAAACAUCCAGUCAGGUUUCGAAUGGGCGCACCGGGACUCACUGCGAUCAAGUUCCUGGUGCGGAGGAACCUGUAGAUCUGGGUUGGCUCUGGAAGUCAUGAGUGACAGUCAAGCGUGAGAGGUUCACCGAUGACACAUCCAGAGUGGGCUGUUCACCUGACACUCAUGUUAGCUCACUAGUGACUCACUCUCGAAGGCCUGGAGGAACAGCGCGUGCUCGGCCUGGACCUGCUGCACCGCGACGGCCGCCGGCUGAGCCGCCUGCUUGUGUGGAGCCAUGCAGGGGGUGAGGCCGAUGGCUGCUAACCGCAGAAACUGGCCGUCCCACGCCGCCGCAGAGGCAGCAUCACAGGAUCGAGGGCGCCGCUGUGGAGCGAGAGGCCGGAGACGGAGGUGGGAAAACCGAGCAGCAGCAGCAGCUGCUGCUCAGGCUAACCUGUUAGCACGCCACGAAGCGACGGGGAGGGAGAGAAGUCGAAGGUCGCUCUAACGGGGUUCAAUUCGGAUCCCAGCACAACGAGGUUUUCGCUCUUCGGAACCGGCCAGGAAGCGUCCGACCACGUUCGUCAAGCGCACGCGUGUGGAUCUGGCGUGUCUCUCCAAGUGAAUCCGGUCCAUCCAACUUCUUUUACUCCCAGUCAUCUGAACCGUAUUCAUCCGACCAGACAUCAAGCGUAAUGACCUCCAUCAUCAUCAUCAUCAUCAUGCGUGCGGAGCUCCAAGAAAUGCAUUUGAAGUAACAGACCGCAUGCUGUAGCUUAAGCUUUUAUUUUGGAAGUGAACCGUUGCAUCCGGUGUUUUAUGAAACUUUACUCGAGCUGUGAAGACGCUCGUGUCGUGUCAAAGAUCCCGCCUUCAUGCUGCUUUAUCCAAUCAGCGAGGUUGUUUGUAAAGUGUGGCUUAGUGAUUGGAUGCUAACUAUGGUUCGUAUCGACAGCGUCAGACACCGUCAAAUAUCAAAUCCAUAUUGAAAUUGGUAUCGGUAAAUCUCAGUUACAACCUCAUGGAUUUAUUAAAAAAAAAAAAAAACCUCUGCACAACUAACCUGACCAGACAGACGAAGAGGCUCUGAUCAGAGUCUCUAAUAGAUGACAAAGCUCUUCAGUGUUUUAUUAUCCAACAUUUAUAACUGAAUGAACUUGUUGAAAGACACUGGUUCUUGUCUGGCCUUGGGCGUUAUAAUUAUCAGACAAAACACUCACACAAGUUCACAUUUAUUGAUCAAACACUUUCCCUUUUAAAGAUGUCGUUGUUUCGCACAACACACACAACAGCGCCACUACUUGGUGACAAUGAGGAAGAGCAGUAUGACAGCAGAGAUUCUGCAGGAGACUGAACCACCUGAAGCUUCCUUUAAAGCCAGAAGGUUAAUAAAUAAUAUUAGACGCCAGACGAAAUUAAACAGUGAUCGUACGUGGACUUGUUUUGUUCUCUGAGGAUCUUCGUCGAGAUGACUCUCAGGUGACCUGCAGGCUGAUGACCUCAGCUGACUGGUCGUCCAGGCGACGAACAUGAUCUCAGCUCCUUCGCCGGGCGUCAGUGUUUCCUCCACAGGAUGUAGGUCAAGAGCAGGACGAGCCCGGCCGACAGCCCCGCGAUCACAAACUGGUGGAUGGACAGCACAUUCUCCAGCGCGUGGAUCCGCUCCUCCAUGGCGCUGGUGUGGAAGUAGUCGUAGAUGCCAGCGGUGAUGCUCCAUAUGGCCCACACGGCGUCCACCACUAGGGGCAUUGUGGCGGCGCCGCGGAUCAGACCUACGUGUCAGAGGCUGGAAGGAGAUGAUGGAGAGGAACCAGAUCAUCAUUUUCAUCAGAAUCCAAAUCCCCUCAAAUCAGAAGAAAAACGUGCAGCAAUCGAGCUAGUGCUAGGCGAAGUAUCAAGCAAAACAUAUAAAGGUCACAGAGCUUUAUGUUGACCUGACAAUGGCCACACCAGCAGUACCACUGCAGUACAUGUUCUGCUCGUCUGAAGCUCCAUCUUUGGCUCCAAAACCAAGCAAACCAUUCAUUUCGGGGACGCACCCAUCAACACGUCACGUCAUCAGCACCUGGAUCUGGAACCAGAACAGGUCCGACAUGGCCUGCGGUGCUAACACGUUAGCCGCAGCUAUCUGCACUGGUGUCAGCAACACACUUACGUCAUCGGGUCUUCGGUCUCCCAGACUGGGGAAGUGCAGUGAUUGCAGAAGGGACGGACGGACCCUCGGUCAGCACACCCCCGGACCUUCU